CCAACCCUUAUUCGUGAGGCCAGUUCGUAGUGCUACGUAGGCGGCGCUCGCCCUACAUUCUAGUUACGAUCUUUUUUGUUUUGGACUUUUUUCUUAAGGAUCUUAAGUGUAUUAGUUUAAUUACCAAUUUCACUACAAUAAGUUUUCCCCUUCAGCUUUAUUACUGUAACUAUAGCAACAUGUCAAAGAAAAGCUGUUCAAGUACUUCGACUGUAAGGAGUAUCCAAAAUGGCGUGGAAAGGGUGUGCUUAUAGGAUGUCUUUGCCUUUACCUACAGUUUUGAAAAGAAACAGUUAAAGGUGACAAUGGUUUGAUGACUUAGAAAAUCAAACACUUAAGAAGAUCAGAUACAUGGAAGUGAUUUGUGUGUAACUACCAGUAACCUUGCAUCCUGAUUAAUAUUUUUUUAUUACUUUUUGUAAGAAUGAACAGUCCUGCUUUGAAGAAUUAUGAAGAACUCUGCAGAUUAUGUGCUUCAUAUGAUGCCAUCAAGAUUCCUAUUUUCAGUGAUCGUGGUAGAGAAAGAAACCUCAAAGAUAAAAUCACUACUUGCCUGCCAUUUGAUGUUUCUGAAGAUGAUUUGUUACCAAAGUCACUAUGUUACCGUUGUAUUUAUAAUUUGGAGAAUUUUUAUGACUUCCGCCGUGGGUGCAUUGAUGCUAGAACCAGACUAGAAAACGUUAUAAAAGAAGUUUUGAAGCAUGAACCAAAGGAAGAAGGUACUUGUGUUAAGAUAGAGGAUAUUAAAGAAAGGAAUGUAGAUGAUGAGCACCAAAUAGAAGAUGAUCUAAUUGAAUCUGAUGGUGAAGGAGAUUGCCCCAAUCCUGCUGAUUUUUUAGAAGCUUGUUUGGGUGAAUCACCUCAUAAUCCUAAGCCUGGAGAUGAAGAAGAAGGAUCUUAUUCUUGCAGGAUUUGUGAUAGGCAAUUUAAUUCAAAAAGUUCUCUUACAAUACAUUUAAAGUUUCAUCAAGACAGCAUUGGUCAAGAAAGUGAUAAAGAAAAUUAUGCUUGCUAUGUUUGUGAAAAAGUAUUUUCAAGUAAAGGUCAUUUGGCACUUCACUCAAAAGUUCAUAUUGGAGAGACAAGUUCACCAGCAGUGUCCAAUUCUAGCAGAUCAAGUCCACAACAUCUCCACAAAGCAAACAUUAAGCUUUAUCGUUGUGACCUGUGCAACAAAUCUUAUUCAAUGGCUAAACAUCUAUGGGGUCAUGUGAGUACUACUCAUAAAGGCCAUCCAAUGGUUACAUGUGGUUUAUGUCAGCGAACAUUUUCUUCGGUUUCUAACCUUGAAGAUCACAAACGUGUUAAACAUAAGGAUGAAAGCAAUACAGAGCUUAUAUCUGAUCCCUCCUCGGGCUUUGAAGAAGGUGUUCCUGAUUUUCUGAUAGAAAAGAAACCUGAAGAGGUAACCUCAAAUAGAAGAAAAAAUUCAAAACCAAGAAAAAUUGAAAGAGAAGUAUCUCAAAAUGAUUGUUAUAUACAAUCUGAAAAUAAUGAAAGUCCAAUGAAACAAGAAUUUGAAAAAACCUCCACGGAACCAGUUUACUCUUGCCUUUUAUGCCAUGACAAAUUCACAGAAGCUGAUCAUUUAAGCCAACAUCUUUCUGAUUCCCAUGGUUAUGAUGGACCUUUAGACUUCAGUACCUAUCGUGAUGAAACUGGUGAAGAUUAUGCUGAGAGUAUGAUGGAAUUAGAAACAGUGUUUUGUUGUGAGAUCUGUAUUAGAGAAUUCAAUGAUAGAGGUAGUUUAUGGUUGCACAUGUUAUAUUCUCAUCGCGAUGAAGCUUCUAAAGCUUGUGGUGUUUGUUUGAAAAUAUGUGAUGAUACUGAAAGUUUGACUCAGCACGUAGAGUCUGCUCAUCCCAGAAGUAAAACUGAUCAGAGGAGAUAUAGCUGCCAAGUCUGUGCUAGGCAGCAUGAUUCCCGUAAAAAACUAGUUACUCAUGCUAAAAUUCAUAACUUAGUCGAUGCUGAAGGAAAUCUUGUUGACCCUGAAUCAGUUGUUAUUCUAAAUAGUGACUUUUAUCCUGAUGGUUUCACUGGCCCACCACUUGAUGAUAGUUAUAUGCAUAGUUGUGAGAUAUGUUUCAAAGUCUUUGAAAAUGAUACAAAAUUAUUAAAACAUAAAAGAAGUGCCCAUCGGGAUUCUAUGGGUUCCUUAAAUUCAUUAAAUUCUGGGGCAUAUCAUUUUUAUUUUGCAUGUGAGAUUUGUGGACUUUCUCAUUUAUCGCGUUCAGAAAGGUGGCGUCAUAUGGCUUCAACACAUGCUGGAGAUUUGAGCGUUACGUGUGAGGUUCCAGAAUGUGGAAAAGUUUUUCCCACCAGCUCUAUUAAAAAGGAACAUGCUGCUCAUCAUGCUGCUCAAGGCCAAUAUCCGAAUACGUGUGAAGUUUGUGGGAAAAUGUGGAAAACAAGGGUGGAAUAUUGGAAGCAUAUGAUGGGUGUUCAUCCUGAUUGCUUACCUUUUAUAUGUGGAGUAUGUCUAAAAGUGUUUUGUAACUUAUCAAACUUAGUAAGUCAUGUUCGGGAAAAACAUUGGCCAUUGUUGGGAGGAGAUUUUUGUUGUGAUAUUUGUGGUAGACCAUAUUCUAAAGUAUCUAAAAUGACUCGGCACAGGAAAGUGCAUUAUGUACCUGGUAAUCCACCAGAACUUCAAGCUCUUCUUGAAAAUCCUAAGGUAGAAAGUGAACCUCAUUUCCUUCAGCAAACAUCUACAUUGGCCUGUGAUUUAUGUGAUGGUAAUACUUUUGAAUAUGCCAAUGUGGAAGAACUUGGUAAGCAUAGGCAAGAAACACACAAUGUAAUGCCAUGUGAUUUAUGUACAAAAUAUUAUGGAAGAACGUCACAUUUAUGGAAACAUGUAAAUAAAAUUCAUAAAGGUCACCCUGAUGUUACUUGCCCUACUUGUCAGCGUACAUCUGCAUCGAAAUCUCAUUUAGCCACACAUAUUGCCAAGCAUCAUCGUAGUGAAGAUUUGGUUAGUUCUAAAGGUGAAAAAGAAAGUAAUGGCAUACAUACUUGUGCAAAAUGUUCAAAAGUGUUUAGAAAAGAAACAUUAGUAAGAAAACAUGCCAAACAUUGUAAAGGUCCCAGACCAACACCAAUCCCUCUUCCAGCACCAGUUGAUGGAGUGUACACAUGUGAAAGAUGUGAUAAAUCUUUUAGUCUCAGUAAUUUGCUUUAUAAACACAUGAAGAGUUCACAUGUAACAUUUUCUUGUGAACUUUGUGAAACCAAGUGCAAUACUAAAACAGAACUUUAUCAACAUAUUUGUGCUGAGCAUGCUGACCAUCCUGAUGUUAAGUGUGGUGUCACUGGUUGUGAUAAAAUUUUAAGGUGUAAAGCAGACCUUGAGAAACAUCAGAAAGGACAUCGUUUGAGUUUUCAUCUACAUUACUGUAUAUUCUGUGCUGAAUUAGUUACUAGUAAAUAUAAGAUGAGAAGACACUUAAAAGCAAUCCAUGCUAAUGAAAGUAAGUAUUUAUGUGCUAUUUGUCUGAAAGCAUUACCUGGUUAUAAAGAACUUCAAGCUCAUGUUCAGGCAACUCAUCAAGCUGCAUUACAGCGAGCCUUUGCUUGUCAUGUAUGUGGCAAACCUUGUACGAAUAAAUCAAAACUAAUGGAACAUAUUAAGUACCAUGGAGCUAAUUUCCUUCCUUGCAAAAUUUGUUUAAAAAUAUUUUCAUCUAAAGAAGAACUUGAUAAUCACAUAGAUAAUCAUCCUAGUGAUAGUGGAGAUGAAGAAGACCAGGUAGAAGAUGUGGAACUUGAUACAAACAGUAUAAUGGAUAUUAUCGGUGCUCCAAAAAAUAAUGUAAAUGAAAAAAUUGAGGAGAAGGAAAAUGAAAAACGAAAAGCUAAGACAGAAAGUGAAAAUAGCAAACCAAAAAAGAAAACUAAACUUGAAAUACUUUGUACUAUAUGUUCUGACAUUUUCACUUCCAAUAUAGAUUUAAAGAAACAUAUGAGAGAUGCACAUAAAAAUAAAAUACCUGAUGAGACAUCAGAAAAUAAUGUCUCUGGCUGUACCAAUAGUGAAAAUAAAACUGAAUGGGAAACAACUAAUUCAGAUAAAAGUUUUAUGCAUCAACUUGGUCUCAUGCCUGAAACAGAAAAAUCUAAAUUAAAAACUGUUAGAAAGGUUUAUACUGAUGAUUUUACACCCAGUGAAUGUGAACUGUGUGGCAAAGUUUGGCCAGCCAAACGCCAUCUUUGGCAACAUUUGAUCAGGUUUCAUAAAUCAGAAGCAGGUAGGACUUGUGGGGUCUGUUUGAAACUGUGCCCUGAUUUUCCUUGUUUGAGUGCUCAUUUGGCAAUAGAACAUCCUAAUAAUUUUGAUGGUGAAGCAACUAAUGUUUCCUGUCGUGUAUGUGGUAAAUAUCAUGGUGCUAGAUCAAAGUUAUUAAGUCAUGCCAUUAUACAUGUAGGGCAUGAAGAAAGAGCUGUAGAUGAUGUACAUCAUUGUCUGAUUUGUAAGGAUACUUUUGUAGAAUUCACCCAAUUUUGUGAUCAUAUUAGAAAAGAUCAUAAAAUUGAUGAAGGUGAAGGUAAAUAUUCCAUUAGCGAACCUGAAACCUGUGUAGAUAAAAAUGCUGAGACAAACUCUGUUAAUGGCAGUGAACAUUCUAAAUUACCUUUUCAUUCAUGUGAAGUAUGUUCUUUAGUUUUUGCCAGUGAAAUUGGAUUAACAAAUCAUAGGAGAAUUCAUGAGCAUUCUGAUCAUUUCAAGUGUGGGCAAUGUGGUGAAGUUUUUGUAUCUGCUGAAAAUCUUUGUACCCAUAAACUACAAAAACACAAAGGUACAGAAUUUGUUUGUGCUGACUGCAAAUCAAAUUUUUCUACUUAUAACCAACUAACUGAACAUAAUAAGCAAUGUAAAAUGAAACUGAAAAAUAUGGGUGACAAUAAUUCCGAUGAUGAUGAACUUCUCCUGGAUGACGAUAUAGAAGAAUUAGAGACAUCUUAUGGAGCGAAUGACACUCAUAUGUCCUCUGAAUCUGAUAUUGACAAAUCAGAAAUUUUAGAUGAAACUGAUGAUAAGUCGGAAAUUUUGAAUGAAAAUGAUAUAGAGUCAGAGGAAUCUACCAGCGAAGAAGAAGAAGAAAAAUCAAACACAUCUGAUACUUCAUCCCAUAAAGAACCUAAAGCUGUUGAAGCAUUCUUAGGUGGUACAAAUGUUGAAGUUGUUCAGAUUGAUCUUUCUGACGAUAACUCUAAUUCAAAAGUGAAUGAAAACUAACAAGACUGGCUGUAAAUUGAACUGCUUAAUUUUUAAAGACACUAGAUUAGAAAACAUUCCAAAGUAAACUAUCCAUGUAGUCCAAGGGUCCACACUUAACUUUUUUUAAAUUUUAAGAUUUCUAAUUCACUGUAACUAACACUCUAUUUCUCUGUCCCAGAUUCAUAUGCAUUUGUAUGUUUGUGUAUUAAUAUUUAUGCUCACAAUUUUACACAUCCCUAAGAGUAUACAUUUUAAAACAUACAAUGACAUACAUACUGUUUCAUGAAUUUCCAUAUUUAAAAAUUAUAUAGCGUAGAAAAGAAUUUUAUUGUUGUA